AUGUCUGAAGACACAGAAUUCAAGCAAGAGUGGGCUGCUUCAGCUGGGAACCACCAAGAUGCCCUCGCCAAGACACCGACUCAACUAGAUCAGCCCAAGUCACUCGUCAAUGAAAUUGCAUUCGUCGGAGUUGUCUGCGCUGCUCAACUCAUGACACAAGCCGGACUCUCCUUGGCCAUUGCACCACUGCACAUCAUCAGCAAAACCUUCAAUGCCAGUGCCAAAGAGCUUACGUGGGCCUCCGCCGCCUAUAGUUUAACCGUGGGGACAUUCAUCCUCGUGGCAGGGAGACUGGGCGACGUGUAUGGCCAUCGACUCCUCUUCAUCAUCGGAUUUUCUUGGUUCGGGCUAUGGUCUAUACUGGCAGGAUUCUCGGCCUGGUCAAACUUGGUUUUCUUCAAUUUUUGCCGGGCGUUUCAGGGGAUUGGACCCGCGUUGCUUCUGCCUAAUGCCGUCGCUAUCCUGGGGCACACUUAUGCCCCUGGUCCGCGGAAGAACAUGGUUUUCAGUUUCUUCGGGGCAACUGCCCCGGGAGGAUACAGCCUCGGUGCAACAUUCUCGUCCCUGUUUGCCGAGAGGGUGUGGUGGCCUUGGGGAUAUUGGGUCAUGGGGAUCGCGUGCUUCAUGUUCGCCGGUCUUGGCAUUCUUGUGAUCCCUCGGACAUCAGAGGAAGAAACGCAAGAAACGCAAAAUGACAACCUCCAUUGGUUUGUUCGCUUGGAUGUGGUCGGUGCGACGACUGGUAUCACGGCCCUCGUGCUCAUCAAUUUCGCAUGGAAUCAGGGCCCAGUCAUCGGAUGGACCAUGCCAUACACAUAUGCUCUACUGAUUGUUGGAUUCAUCGUCCUCGCCGGAUUCCUGAUUAUCGAGCGCAAGGUCACCUGCCCACUGCUUCCCCAAUCAGUGUUUAAAGGAGAGGUCGCGUGGGUUCUGGGGUGCAUCUCCGCCGGAUGGUCCAGCUUCGGCAUUCUGGUGUAUUACUACUACCAGUUUCUCGAAGUGAUCGAUGGCAAUUCUCCGCUUUUGGCAACCGCAAAAUGGGCAGGGGCAUCUGCUUCUGGGGCCUGUGCUGCGGUGACCACUGGGUUUCUCUUGGGGCGCAUAUCCCCGAGUAUCAUCAUCUUUAUCGCGAUGCUCGCUUUCACGAUUGGGCAGAUAAUGCUGGCCACAAUGACAGUGGGCCAGACGUACUACGCGCAGGCAUUUGUGCUCAUGCUAGUCACGCCAUGGGGAAUGGAUAUGUCGUUUCCCUCGGGAACAGUGAUUAUGAGCAACUCCAUGCCACGAGAACAUCAGGGUGUCGCUGGCUCGCUUGUGAACACGGUUGUAAAUUACUCCAUUUCCCUCGGCCUCGGCUUCGCCGGGACUGUGGAGUCAUAUGUGAACGAUGACGGGAAUGACAUUCUGAAAGGUUAUAGAGGGGCCUCGUACAUGGGUGUCGGCCUGGCUGGCUUGGGUGUCAUUCUCGCCAGCUGUUUUAUACUCAUCAGUUGGGUGAGGCGCGAGAGAAACCCUAAAGAUGUCCAAUCGGUACAGACUGUUUGA